AUGCCGGUCUUGACUAUCGUCCAACGUCUCCCUUUUCCCUGGAUGAGAAGAUCCUCAACCGAUAAAGGCAAGGGUAAAGAAGAAGAACCCAGCCUGGAUCUUGGAUCCUCCGAUCAUGACUCGGAUCUCUACUUCCAAGAAAGUUCCGUGGGCGCCCUGUUUGCCACGCCCUGUCCGCCACUGCACCGUGACGUCUCCGACGACCUGCAUAUAGCGGUGAAGCAGAGUCCAGACCAAACGAUCGACCCCCACGAAACCGGUAGCCAAUACUCAGACUCAGAAUCGGACUCAGGCUCCGAGAUCGACGAGCAGGAGUCCCCUUCCCCCUCGCGCACUCGGGUUGGUCGCGUGGUCAACUGGUCGAGUAUUGUCCGCAGCCGAUGUCGGUGGACGCACGAACAAGAGAAGGAGCUUCUGGGUGCCGAGAAGCAGCUAGCGCGAUGUCAAAAAGCUUGGAGUUCUGAACAAGAGUUGUGGCUAUCUUAUAUCCAAGUGCUACGCGAAGAAAAAGAAGCCCAUGAAGGCUUUAUGCUGAUGCGACUGAAGCAGCAAGAAGACGAGCGGAACCAGUUUCGCAAGGUCUGGAAACGACGUCGAUCUAUUGAGAGUGCGAUCGAAGAAAAAGAAAAACAGAUCACAAUGACAGUCAAGGGAAACAACAACGGCUUACAAAAGCUACGUCGCUUGCAGCUUGGUUACCUUAGUCCUAGUCUAGUGACGAAGUCACCUGCAGUGACAUGUCAAGCAUGA